AUGGAUCUAGAAGACGAGAGUGGAGUUACAUGUGCGGAUUGUUCAACUUCAGAAACUGAUUUUUGGGAAGAAUUGUGUUUGCCCCUGGGCACGCGUGAUUCGUCAUCAUCAUCACAGGCAGUAAAAAAAUACAUCUGCUCAAAAUGCUUCACAAAAAGAAAAAGUUCUACUCAGAAAUAUUCAGUUGAUAGGGAAGUGCUUGAAUCUUCAUUGUCACAGUUGAGACUUUUACGAAGAAAUAACCUCCUCCUAAAGCUAAACUCAUCUAGCAAAACAGGCAAGCCAAAAAUUCAACCUUUUUUGACUGUCAUAUUGAAAUAUUAA